GGGAAGGAGCCUGUCUGUAGCGCAGCUGGUAACGCUGCUUGUGAGAUAUGGUCACUACUAGUUAACCUGUAGUCACCUCUGGUGAAGAUCUGCUUUACAAACACUAUAUUCUUCUCAGCUUCUUGCAUUACAUUCAUUUUGUGUGUGUGUGAGGACCCCGUUGUGGCUACGAAGUCUUCCAUCGGGCAACUUGCUCUGUAGAGCUCUUGGAGGAAUUUCUCUCGUGCCCUUCUGUCUCCGCUGCUCAGGUCUCAUCCGUGAACUCGAAAUCUGCCUGUCGAAGGAUAAUCUCCAGGGUAUUCUAUAUAAAGAAACAGUAGUGCCAACAGAGUUCACUUCAUUUUGUAAGGGAUUGUGUAGUUAUCUGUGAGACAUCACCCAGGAGUUUUUCCCUUAGAGAAAACAACCCUUUUCGUCUUGUAAAGGAAUCUCAUUCUUAUUCGGUGUGCAGUUCCGCGAGGAUGGUUUCCUUGUCCUAGAACACUUUUUCACUGCAGAGGAGUGUGACAGCAUGAGGAAUCAGAUUCAGAAAAUCGUAGCGGAGAUGGAAGUGCCACCGCACUGUCGCACCGAGUUCUCCACCAAGGAAGAUGAGCAGCUCCAGGCGCAGAUGCAGGGUAGCUCGGAUUAUUUCCUAACCAGUGGAGACAAGAUUAGAUUCUUCUUUGAGAAAGGUGUUUUGGAUGAGAAAGGUAACUUCCUAAUUCCAAAGGAGAAAUCAGUCAGCAAGAUUGGCCACGCUUUACAUGCUUGUGAUCCUGUCUUCAAGCAAAUCACCCACUCCUCCAAGGUGCAGGAAUUGGGAAGAAAACUAGGCCUUGAGAGACCAGUAGUUGUGCAAAGCAUGUAUAUCUUCAAGCAACCUGGCAUUGGUGGUGAAGUGACGCCGCACCAGGAUGCCACCUUCCUGCACACAGAGCCUCUGGGCAGAGUCCUGGGGUUCUGGAUUGCCCUGGAGGAUGCCACGCAGGAGAACGGCUGCUUGUGGUUCAUUCCUGGCUCUCACACCAGUGGAAUUACCCGGAGAAUGGUCCGUACACCUUCAGGUUCCUCAACAUGUGUAGAGUUUGUAGGGUCAGAGCCAUGCUACGACGACAGCCAGUUCAUACCUCUGCCUAUAAGUAAAGGUGGACUCAUUCUCAUCCACGGGGAAGUCGUCCAUAAGAGUGAGCUGAACAGCUCGGAGUCUUCUCGCCAUGUGUUCACCUUCCACGUGAUGGAAGCCAAAGACACCAGCUGGAGCAAAGAGAACUGGCUCCAGCCAACUCCUGAACUGCCUUUUCCAUCGCUCUACACUUGAAGCUAAUGGUUGGCUUCUGGAGUGAAUAGUUGAUCGAUAUUCCUUUCUGAUCGUUUGUUCGUGCUCCCUUUAAAUACAACUUUCACUGGAUCAGCUCUCAAGAUUAAUUUAUCCUCUUCUCAGGACAAGGACCCCUGACACAGCCUACAUUAGACAGGCAUGAGCCUUAUUGGUAUCAGAAUAGUCACCCAGUCCUUUUGAUAAGGAAACUUCUUUGGUUUUGAUAAUAGACCAUUAAAGACCAUUUCACCUUGACUGGGACCAGUUAAGUAGUAUUUCUUCUUGCAGAUACUCAGUGAUUUCUUGUGUUUAAAUCAAGAGCUUGUCCCGUGCAUUACUUGGCUGUGUCAAUCCCAGCAAAGCAGGUGAAUGUGUCAUGUGAAUAUGUCUGACUUUUAUUCUUAGGUGUCUCUCCUAUUGUUUGAAUAACAAUGAUUAAACAUAAACCUAUUGAGGGCAAAAUGAAGCAGGAAGUCUAAUUUUGUAAUCAAUCUUCUAAGUAUUCUAGCAAACUGUGGCGGAGUGUUUGAUCUCUGGGUGCGUUGAUUAAAAAUAUUACAGUUCUUAGAGUCAUGCUGAAAUUAUGGAAACAACCCCAACCAAACUCCUAUCACUUAAAUAAAAAA